UGGAAGUUGAGACAACUUCAAAAUCUGUAAAAACAUUGCGUCCCGGGCAGUUACUCCUGUCAUUUCUGCCGGUAGAAGUUUUGGGUCGGUGUUUUCAAAAUAAUCGAAAUGGCGAAUAUGACAGAUAUAGAUGCUGUGUGGGAGAGAACCUGUAAAGUGUUCCCUAUUCUGAAGAAAACGCUUUCGGAAACCUCCGUGGGCAACGAGGAUAUCGAGCACGUCAUACGGGAACUCUCUGCUCUGGGUUUAUGCGAAUCGGUCUAUGAGUCUGCUUUCAUUGAAUUUGACUUCAUUCUUCGCCAGCAGAUCGUCCCGAGGUUUUGGAAACAUUUCGAAAGUGUUCCCGAUCCGGAUACGGGCUUCUAUAAUUUCCAGUUGGCUGUGCACGAGUUGUAUAGUGAUUUUUCCAGGGCUCAGGAGGUUUUGCGGCGGCUAACACUCUUCCGGCAAGUUUGCCGUCUCAAAAAUCAGGAGAAAGUGGCGAAAAGCGAAGAAGCCACGUUCGAUGAGCUUUUCAGGAGUGUCCUGCUGUCCCAGCUAGCAGCUAAUUUUAAUGACAUCGUUUAUGCGUUCUACAAGGUUUCGUUCAGGAUAUUCGCAAAUAGUUACGAUAAUAAUGAUCAGGACGAGUUUGCCGAAGACAUGAUUGAAUUGAAUUGCAAUGGUUGCGGCAAAGAGACCGAGCGAUGUCGGUGUCAGGAGCUCGUAUGCGCUUUUAACACGACAAACAAACAUUUGUACAAAAUGCAUCUUCUAGACAAGUUAGCGGGCUACACACUAACUAAUCUAAUCCAAGAGAGAAUUACGGCACAUGUGGAGGAAACGUGUAAAGGUGUUUUUGAUGCAUCCCACAUAAAAAAUUUGCAAAAGUGGUUAGAUACAAUUGUCAUAAAUUGGCUUACAAGAAUAUUUAACCGAGGCUCAUCGAAGAUCAGUGAAGGAGAUGGUUAUACACAUAACGUCAUAGAAAAUUUUCGAAUAAAAUUAAGCUACUUUUUGUACGAAACCUAUGCAAAACUGAUUAUCGACCAAUUUUUCAAUAUUAUAAUUGAUUUUCCUGAUUCACAGUUGGCUAUCGACGAUCUAAAAGUCUGUUUGGAAAAAAUCGAUCUUAGAAAACAUCUGAUCAAAACCUUGAAGCAAUCCUUGGAAGCCCGCCUGCUGCACCCUGGAGUAAAUACUAUGGAUAUUUUAACAGGCUAUGUGGCUGCGAUUAAAGCUAUAAGACAUUUGGAUCCGAGCGGUGUCUUAUUGGAGACGACAACAGAACCAAUCAAAGAAUACCUUCGAAAGCGCAGUGACACCGUGCGAUGUGUUAUAACCGGACUAACUGAGGAAGGUCCAACUGAUUUAGCAGAGGAACUAGCUAAAAGCGAGACAUUGAAAGAGAACGUGGACGUGAAAGGCAAGGACGAAAUGUUGAAUUGGGAGGUAUGGAAUCCGGACCCAAUUGACGCCAGUCCAGUUCCUAGACCCAAACGAACGAGCCGUUCUGCAGAUAUAAUUUCAAUGGUUGUAGAUAUUUACGGUAGCAAAGAGCUUUUUGUCAAUGAGUAUCGAAAUCUGCUGGCAGAUCGGCUCUUAGUGCAGCUUGACUUUAAUCCCGAAAAGGAAAUACGUAACCUUGAACUACUGAAACUCCGUUUUGGAGAUUCCCUACUGCAUAGCUGCGAAGUAAUGCUUAAGGACAUUAGCGACUCGAAACGUAUCAACUCACAUAUUCAGAGUGACCUAAACUAUAGUAAUGGCAAAGCUUUUCCAAUAUCAUCUCUUAUACUAUCCUCACAAUUCUGGCCGGCAUUCAAUAAGGAGACACUAGAAUUGCCUGAUGAAAUACAGGACGAGUUUAAGAAGUAUACCACAUCCUAUGAAGCUUAUAAAGGAAACAGAACAUUAGUUUGGCGACCAGUUACAGGGAGAGUCGUACUGGAGAUUGAAUUGGCUGGAAGAACUUUAGAAAUGACUGUUAAUCCGACGCAGGCGGCAAUAAUUCAUUAUUUUCAAGAGAGAAAUGAAUGGGCUUUAGAAGAACUCAGCGGGUUACUAAAGAUCCCACCGUCGAUUCUUCGCAAGCGGAUAAGUUUUUGGCAGACCCAAGGCUUAAUAAAAGAGCGUGAUACCGAUAUCUAUACGUUGAUUGACGAAAUGGAGCAAAGCCAAGUGGAUCCAUCACAAUCUCAAGAAAUUUGCGAAGAGGAUGAAUCGGAAAGCGCAAUGGCCUCAGCAAGUGAUCAACGAGAAGAAGAGUUACAGGUGUUCUGGUCGUACAUCGUGGGUAUGUUGACAAAUCUGGACUCCAUGCCGAUCGAAAGAAUUCAUCAGAUGUUGAAAAUGUUUGCGUCACACGGUUCUGGUGUCGAAUUUACUCAAGAGGAGCUGAAGAAUUUUCUUCAGCGUAAAGUUCGCGAAUACAAAUUAAUAUACAAUGGAGGAGUUUAUCAUCUGCCAAAAUAGGCAUCGAAUUUCUAUUUAUUGUUUAUUUUCAAUUUGUACAAAUACAUCCGUUGUAAUUAAAAAUAUUAUGUUUAGAA